CUGCCAGCCUGAUUGCGAGUUCUUAUCGGAGGCCCUCUGGAAACUGUGCGUAAUUCUGACUGCCUACGGAGGCAAAGAGCGGACCUGUCUUCUACACUCCGCAAGCAGCUGCUUAUGUGACGCUAACAGCUUGCCAAGGUUACUCGGGGUGGCCAUGAGCGACGUUGACAGCGGCCAGGCGGUCCGAGACCGUCGCCUGGUGCUGGACGUGGACUGUGGCGUGGACGACGCGCUGGCGCUCAUCCUAGCCCUGAGCCUGCACUCGACCGUGGAGGCCGUCACCUGCGUCGCCGGAAACACCACCGUGCAGAACGUGGUGAAGAACGUCCGAAGGGUGCUCGCCGUGUGCGGCAGAAGCGAGAUACCGGUGUACCGUGGCUGCGAGCAGCCGUUGAGUCAGCCGCUGGACCUGGCUGACGAGUACCACGGUUGUGACGGCCUCGGAGGAGUCUCGGACCAAUUUGCCUGCAGCGACGACGGCGACCUGGAAGACGAAGAGGACGACGGCAGCGUGGCUGGAAGGCCCGUGCACGCCGCCGAGAAGCUAAUCGCAAUGGCACGUACAGACCCUGGCCAGAUCACGCUGUUGCUGCUGGGCCCGUUGACCAACGCGGCUCUGGCGCUUACGUUGGAUCCCCGAUUCGGGGCGAACCUGAAGGAAAUAUUCAUCCUCGGAGGAAACGUCGAAGGUCGUGGAAACGUUCUCCCCGGUGCCGAGUACAACUUCAAAACGGACCCCGAGGCCGCCAACGUUGUGCUCACGAGGGCCCAGUGCCCCAUCACGAUCGUUCCAUGGGAGGCAGUGGUCAAGUCGCCUAUUCCUUGGGAGGUGUACUCCAUGAUGACGCGCCAGGACACGGCCAAGUCUCGCUUCGUACGUGCCAUCACCCGCUUCAGCCUGGGCUACUACGACAAGAGCGGCUCUUCGGGCUACGAGGUGGGCGACGCGCUGGUGGUGGCCGCGGUGCUGGCGCCGGACUCGGUCGCCUCGGCGCUCGAAGAGCGGCGCGUGGCCGUCGAGCUGGGCGGCACGCACACCAGGGGCCAGCUGGUGCACGCCUGGACGACGGACCUGCUGCCAGACGUCAAGCGAACCGUGCGCGUGGUGACGUCCUUCAACAAGGAGCGAGUCUCCGAACUGCUCAUGCGAAUGGUUGUCUGACAGCGGCCAUCGCGUAGACGGGCGGUUUGGUGGAGACUCUCGAAGAAAAACCAUAGCGUAAAACGAACGACGACACACGAACUCGGGACUGGCGAUGCUUGUGUAGUGCUUGUUCGUUUUGAGCUAUGGUUUCUUCUUCACACGCCACGAACAAACUCGUCGAACAAGACAUUUUACUCAUGCUGCAGAGACUUAAUUUUACCGAGGAUGUCUGCAACGAAACUAUGCUUCUUCUCAAUUAGUUACGAAUCAGUCGGAACAUGUUUUAGUGCAGCCUCCCUCACCCCCCCCCCCAUCCUUUAGAACAAGCUCUAAACAGAACUAGCUUCGAAAUUAUUGCAAUAAUAAAAUGAAACUAUGACGUGUAUUGACCAUCAACAUGCCAUUGGUAACCGGCUUUGUGGAACCAAAUAUUGGAAGUAAACAGCUCUUGCAAUUCAGCACCAGCAGACCACCACAGCCCUCGUCGUGGCAAUAUGUUACUGUGUAAAGUAUGAUGGACCAAUUUAGAUAAUAAGGGCAGGGGGGGGGGGGGUCAGUAAUCGCGUACCUGGCAUGCAUUGUCAACUAUUCUCCUUUCCCGUCCCUUAAAUAAACACGUUUCAUCGUCACUAAGAUUAAGAGAA